UAAGAUACUUCUAAGUACUCGGAGUAAUAGACACAUUGUUUGAUCUAAACUAAUAAAGGUGUCGUUUAAUGACUCGAGACCACGGCCGUGCUAGUCUCGUUCCGCUCGCGGUGCCGUGCGGCCUCCCGCCGCCAGGGGGCGAUGCGCACCCCGGCGCCGCCUUGCCGCUCGCCCCGCCAAUGGCCGCAGCCGUUCAGGCGGAAGCUCCCGCCCCCGACGCCCCGUUUCCGGCCUGGCUGACACGUCCGCAGGUGUUUCGGCGCGCGUGGCAGCGGGGGCGGGAGGCCCCGCCCGGCCCGGCCUUAAAGGCGGGGCGGAUUUGGCCGGAAGGGCCCGGCGCGCUCCCCGAGAGCCUGCAGCGCGUGCAGCGCAUCGCGCAGACGCCCAUCGCCUUUCAGGAGCUCGACAUCACGGACGGGGCCGCGCUGCGGAAGCUCUUCAGCACGCACCGCUUCUCGGCUGUGAUGCACUUCGCGGGGCUGAAGGCAGUGGGUGAAUCUGUGCGGCGGCCAUUGGAGUACUACAAUGUGAACCUCACUGGCACCAUUCGGCUACUGGAGGCCAUGGAAGCAUACAGUGUAAGGAACAUCGUGUUCAGCAGCUCGGCCACUGUCUAUGGUGACCCACAGUACCUUCCCCUGGAUGAGAAGCACCCAGUCGGGGGCUGCACCAACCCCUAUGGCAAAUCUAAGUACUUCAUCGAGGAGAUGAUCCAGGACCUCUGCAAAGCAGAGAAGGGCUGGAAUGCCAUUCUCCUGCGCUAUUUUAAUCCCAUCGGUGCCCAUGAGUCUGGAAUGAUCGGAGAAGACCCUCAGGGCAUACCCAACAACCUCAUGCCCUACGUGGCACAGGUGGCAGUGGGGCGCCAGGAAUUUCUGAGUGUGUUUGGGAAUGACUAUGAGACAGCAGAUGGAACAGGUAUUAGGGAUUACAUCCAUGUUGUGGAUUUGGCCAAGGGACACAUCGCUGCUUUGAAGAAGCUCAAAGAGAACUGUGGCUGCAAGAUCUACAACCUGGGCACCGGCACAGGCUACUCUGUCCUGCAGAUGGUCCAGGCCAUGGAGAAAGCCUCAGGGAGGGAGAUCAAGUACAAGAUCACAGGCCGGCGGGAGGGAGAUGUGGCUGCCUGCUAUGCUAACCCAGAACUUGCUGAGCGUGAGCUGGGCUGGAAAGCUGCAUUUGGUCUGGACAAGAUGUGUGAGGACCUGUGGCGCUGGCAGCUGCAGAAUCCCACAGGAUACAGCAAGAACUGAGCCCAGGCCCAAGGGCUCGUUCUAUGGUACUGGGUUCAGGGGCCUGCCCCCCCCCUUGCCUCCGUGCUUCCUCAUCCUCACCCCACCAGGUUUUCUGCAUCUCACAGAACUGAGCCAAGGCCCAGCCUCACUACCCAGGGCACUAAAUCCACUCACAGAAAGGUCUGGGACCUGGAACAGGAGGGUGCUUGGUGGGGAUGCAUACUGCAGGAGAGGCUGUAUCCAGUGCUCAGACAUGGUCUUGGGUGCCUAAACUAUGGAGGAAAGUGCUCAUUCCUUACAGCCGCAGCCCUGGGCACCAAAAGGGGGAGGCCUGGGCAAGGAGCUGCCUUCCCCAUGCCUCCUGCAUGGUCCUAGGCCUUCCUCUCUUCCCCCACAAGACUACAGUCUUGAGGCCCACCAAGGACCAGCCCCUGCUGGCUGCCAGGGGCUCCUCUCCCUCCCCCUCCUCUCAGGUGGCUUUGGGGACCAAUUCUUGCCUGCUACGUGCUGCUGCGGUGCUGGAGGAGCCCCUGCCUGCAGCUGUGAGGGAUCUGGUGUCUGGUUCUGCUUCUACAGUGCCUGUGCAGCUGCUUCUGUAAUCACAUUCCUAAAGGUUGCUCAGGAGCAGGCUCUGCUUGGCUGUACACACUGAUCCUAUUUAUUACUGACAGCAAUACUGGCUCCCUUAGGAAAUGAUGACUCAGCUAGCCCAGUUUGCUGUCAGGUAGAUUAAUAACUUACACUACUAAAUUAUGAAUAGAGCUUUUGAUUUGUUUCUAAAUAAAUUUUCUUACUUUCUAA